UUUGAACUGACGACAGUCACUUCGCGUAAUUAAUUUAAUGAUUUUAAUGGUUAAAGUGAUAUAUAAAUAAUUUUAAUGAUUAUCAUGUGAAUAAAAAUAUAAUUCAACGGAUUAUUACAUUAGUUUAAUGUUGAUGAAAAUGCGUUUAAUUUUAUUUGUGUGUAUUUGGAAUGCUGUCAAUGUUAUAUAUUUGGUAACUGGUGCUCCGUUUAUUGAGUUCUACAGAUUGGAUAUUGUUCAUUACAAUGAUUUUCACGAUAGGUUUGAAGAAACAACAGUAUCUUAUCCAGUUUGUGAAUCAAAUGACGACAAUUGUCUUGGAGGUUUUGCCAGAUUGUACUAUGAAAUUACUACUUUAUUCAAAGAAAAAGAAAAUCCAAUAUUAUUAGACGCCGGAGACACAUUCCAAGGCACCUACUGGUACACACUUCUGAAAUGGAAUGUUACACAGAAAUUUAUUAAUUUACUACCAAAUGAUGUUCAUACUGUAGGCAAUCAUGAGUUCGACGAUGGAAUAGCGGGCCUAGCGCCUUACCUAGCGUCACUGAAGGCACCAGUCGUUGUUGCCAACAUAGACACAACCGCAGUACCUGAAUUGGACGGAUUGUAUAAGCCACAUAUUGUGUUGGAAAAGAAAGGAAGAAAAAUUGGUAUAAUAGGACUUACGACUCCAGAAACUAAGACUUCAUCAAAUCCCGGGAAAGUAAAAUUCUUGGACCCUAUAGACACAGUUAAAAAAGAAGCUCAAUUAUUGACUGACCAAGGAAUUGAUAUUAUAAUUGUUUUAUCACAUUGUGGUCUAGAAGUCGAUAAAAAAAUGGCAGAAGUUGCUGGUGAAAACAUUGAUCUGAUAGUCGGUGGACAUUCGCACAGUCUGCUUUGGAAUGGAGAAGCCCCGAACAAGGAACAUGUUUCCGGUCCAUAUCCAGUAAUUGUUAAGGCAAUUGAGAAUCCUGAACAUGAGGUUCUAAUUGUAACGGCAUCCGCAUUUUCCAAGUACUUGGGCAAUAUGACCGUGUACUUUGACGGCAGUGGUGAACUCGUCUCGUACUCUGCAACACCAAUAUUCUUGAACAGGUCUAUACCAGAAGAUCCAGAAAUGAAAGCUCUUUUAAAGCCUUAUACGGAAAAGCUCCAUUCGUUAGUAAAGGAAGUAUUGGGUUACGCAAAGGAAGAUCUUUUAGCACCAAAGUGUAGUACCGGAGAGUGUGCUAUUGGAAAUUUUGUAGCAGACGCUUUCUUGAAUGCAACAAAAGAAUUGAAUGUAUCAAAUUUAACUCACGUAUCGUUUAUAUUAAGAAACAUGAUACGCGGUUCAUUGGCAAAAGGGGAUAUAACUAGAGGUUCAAUUAUAAACACAAUGCCAUUUACAAAUCAAGUGGUGACAAUGUCUUUGCCUGGGAGAUAUUUAAUAGAUGUAUUUAAGACCUGUAUGACUAAUUACUGGGUUGAAAAACCAUUCAAUGGACCUUGGAUGCCGCAUGUUGCUGGUCUCCGAUUGACAAUAAAUUUAACAAAAGGUGUUGAUAUACAAGUGGAAGUUAGAGAAGGCGAUGAUUAUCAAGAUUUAGAACUCGAUAAAGAGUAUCAAGUGUCAACUAUUGGAUUUUUAGUUAGGCCAGGAAAUCAAUUUGAGGAGCUGAGUCGUUACGGCCGGAAUCUACAAGUUGUAGGGAAGGAUACUGAAUUAUUAGAAAAUUAUGUAAAGAAAACAUCACCUGUAGAGCCUAUAUUAGAAAAAAGACUUACAGUAAUAAAUUAAUUAUAAAUUA